AUGAUGCUUGGCCGCCUCGUCGCGAGGGAGCAGCAGCGGCAGGCGACAACGGAGAUUACGGAGAUUUCCAUCGCUCACGCGACCUGUACGCUGGUGCACCGCUCUGGCUGUUCCAAAGCGCCAUGCCACCCAUCAGUCGCUACGAGGUCGGAACUAGCAUUUUCUUACAUCACAGGCAAGGGCGAGGAAGCGCGUCUCGAGAGGCCACCACUGCAGGUGGUGCAGCACUCCGGCCUUGGGUUGUCGUGUCUUGGGCAGAGGAUAACCGGCGUGCGCAACAGGAAAAUGUGCUCUGCCAAGGCCCGCAUCUUCGCCCCCGCCGCGCCGGGUAGGAUCAGGCUCUGGCCCACCGAAGAGGACGAAAUGCUGGUGCUGCGGGAGUAGAAUCUUGGGCGCUGGUGCAAGCUCAGGAGCGCUCGAUCGAGGACUUUCCUGGGCUAGCUGUAUUUGUCAGCCAGGGAGAGCAACCAGGGG